AUGAACAAAUGUCCGGUUCAUGUGGCUGUUGCCGAAGUUGAACCAUAUGUCAUUAUACAUCGGGGUAAGGGAAACGCGAGUUUCGAUGGUAUCGAUGUGCGAAUUGUUAAAGAAAUUGCAAUGCGCAUGAAUUUCACGCCGAAAUUCCUUAUGCCAAGACAUGACGAUGACCGUGGAAUUAUCUACGAAAAUGGAUCGACUACUGGAGCAAUGGACCGGGUUGUAAAUGGUGAGGCGGAUCUUACGAUCGGAAUCUAUCUUUUGACGCAGGAUCGCUCGGUCUGGUUUUCGCCGACUGUAGCAUACAUGCAAGAUAGAAUAGGAUUUGCAAUCAGGGUGAAUUACAUCACUCCGUCUUCAUUGAAUCAUUUGAUGGGUCCACUGAAUUACAACGCUUGGCUGUUAAUCUACACCACACUAUGUGCGGCUGUGGUAUUUCUGUUACUCACCAAACGCCUGGGGACAGAUCAACGAUCGGUUAUACUAGGCGGAAAGUUGUAUCGGACACCCAUUCUUAAUGCUCUUUACAUAGCAAUCGGCGGUUCGAUCGGCAACCCACGAAUGGCAUAUCCUCAAUACUUCGGUCCGUUUGCCCGAACACUGACCAUACUUUGGAUUUUGUUGUUCAUGUUCAUCCGGACUUCGUAUGAAGGCGCUUUGUUCACAUUUUUCCAUCGACCGCCCGUGUUCUCGAAGUGUGAUUCGUUCGAGAAGGUGUUGGCUUUUAAAUGUAAAAUCAUAGCUCCCAAGUCUGGAGUUAACCAUUUGGUGGGUUUCAAUGCUUCGAUCAGUCAGUUUGUCGUUUGCAAUGACAGUGCCUUAAACUGUGCAGGUGAAUUGUUUAAAGGCAAAGCGGCCAUCGAUGUUGCCUUCGUCCACGAACAAACCAAGAAAUAUUUCAAUCAUCUGAACGCUCCGAAUUUGAUUCUUGAUUACACGAAAGAUCAAGUCUGGCCAAUUGCCCCGGUUUUCCUCUUCGAAAAAAACUCAAUAUUACGACACUCGUUCAACCAUUUUCUGCGAUUAUAUGAUCAGUCCGGACUGACUAAAAACUGGAUCGAUCAUUACACGAACGAGAAGAAGCAAACCAAUCGGCGAACGAAUCCACAAUUGAAAAUCAAGAAUAUAACGGCGUUGUUGAUUACAUGUAACUGUCUUUACGCUUUCAGCACAGUCAUUUUUGUGAUGGAAUUGUUGGCUAGGCGCUGCUCACUAAUAAGGCGUGGAAUUGAAUUUAUUACGUACUAG